AUUUGCAUCAAUACAUGACAAAGGGGCAGCUUCAGGAGACCUUUAACGUUGAUCAUCCUGAUGAUGUGCCUGAGUAUGAUGUAACACACCCGUACCAGUCCACCUCAGAUGGRCAAUUUCUCUCUCAUGACUUGCGCAGAAGACGAAGUAGUGAUGAGCACCACUAUUCAAUUAAAUCSUUUGGUAAAACACUUCACUUGAACCUUAAAGAAAAUAAGGACCUGGUUGCACCUGGCUUGAUGUUAGAGUCUUAUAUUGAURGUCAGGUUAGACGGUCAACACUAGUACCCAGUACUCAUUACUUUGGACGAGUAAAACACCAUCCUGGGUCGUCUGUUGCUCUUAGCAACCAUGGAACUUUAUCUGGUAAAAUUGAUUUGAGCGAUGAAACCCUGUAUAUUCGUCCUUUUCCAAGAGGACUGCUCGAGGGAAGCGAUCGAACUCCACAUUUCAUUUUUAAACAAACAAAGGACAACGUAGAAGAAGGAGUGGCAUUUGACGACAAAACAAGUGAUUACGACAAGUCAUUCUAUCACAUCUCAGAUCAGGCYGAUAACGGAUUUAAUAUGAAACUUGCUGACAAAAACAACCAAAACACAAAGAACUAUUUAGAACUCGCCCUGGUUACAGACGAGAAAGUUGCCAAAAAGUAUGGUAAAGGAACGUCUGAUUUUUUACUAACAGUCGCAAACAUCGCAGCCCAAGCUUUCCAGCACCCAUCAAUUGGCGAUAAUAAAAUCACUUUAGUAGUUACAAGACUGGUUAUCCUUUCAACCAAAGAACUGAAUGCUACUAGUUAUUCUACAAAGGACCAGCUAAGGGCCAUCGAGAAAUGGAUGAAUCGUAAUAAUCCUCAUUCAGACAAUGAUCCCGGUCACUACGACGCGGUUUCACUAAUGAGAAGUGUGUCYGGAGGAGGUUUGGCGUCUCUUGGMACAAUGUGCCGGAGAGUKAGUGCUAACACAAUYAGUGAGAAUGGCAUMACAUCAUGGGCUGUUUUAGCACAUGAACUUGCUCACAACCUUGGCAUUGGACAUGAUGRCAGUAAAAACUGUUCUAACGGAGUUAACAUUAUGUCAACGGUAGUACCCGGUGGUCCAGGCUCAUUUGAAUGGUCACAGUGCUCUGCUACGAGGUUCAACUUAUUAUUCAAUCAAAGUAGAUUCAGUUGUCUUAAAGAUGCUCCUCAAGCCAGUCCAAUCCCAACUCGUUUGCCAGAACUUCAAGGCAAAAAGCCAGGUGUUAUUUACAACAAAACUGUUCAAUGUCAAAUGCGGUAUGGUCCAGGGUUCGUAGCUUGUGCUGGUGGAGACCCCUGUUCAAAGCUGUGGUGCGCAAGAAAAGAAAGUCCGUUGGUUUGUUCAACUAGUUUAGCAGCUCCAGCAGACGGGACACGAUGUGGCAUCAGAAAUUGGUGCAUCCAGGCAAAAUGUGUUGACGAUGGAUCUCCCGUAAUUCAUGGCGGGUGGAGUAGCUGGUCUGACGUCACUCAAUGUAGCCGGUCAUGUGAUCGUGGGAUAAAAUACAGAACACGAACUUGCACCAAGCCACCUCCUCAAAAUGGUGGAAACAAGUGCGCAGGCCUCGCUAAAGGUCACAUAGAGGUCUGCAAUAUACAGGAGUGUUCACCUGCCCAGACGUCAUUUAGAAGUCAACAAUGUGAAGCAAAAAAGGGGAAAGAAUAUAAAUCAUUUCACAAUCACCGUAGCUGUGAUCUGAGGUGUAGGAAAGGUCCAUGGGUUCAUGCARACGGUCAAGUCAAAGAUGGAUCUAAUUGUGAUCCUGACAAGACAGUAUUCGAUGUUUGUAUUGAAGGACAGUGUCUGAUGGUUGGGUGUGAUCUCAAGGUUGGUUCAAAUGCUAGACGUGAUCGUUGUGGUAUUUGUAAUGGUGACGGCAAAUCCUGUGAAUUCGUUAAUGGAUCCUUUACUUUACCGCAUCGUCCCAAAGGUGUCGCUAAUGCUGCCUUGGUAGUUGUUCUGCCAGUUGGAGCAGUGAACAUAUCUGUCAUUGAGCGAUCUACUUCCUGGAAUAAUGUCCUUCUUACCCAUAUGGAUGGUUCAUUAGUGUACGGUGUCACUCAUUGGAAUAUUACCAAAUAUGUGGCUGGUACAAAGGUGUUUGUUGGUCGUGGAACAGGCAAUUAUAAAGAUCGAUUCUAUAUACCAGGACCAUUAACAAAGCAGCUACGAGUCAUUUACUCCAAGGUAUAUGGAAGAAAUCCUGGAAUUGAUUAUGAGUUCUACCGCCCAAUUGUGAAGCCAGUCUCCCUCAUCGACUGCAACACUCAGCCAUGCCCACCUGAGUGGCAUAUAACUGACUGGUUACCAUGUUCAGUGUCAUGUGGUAAUGGCGUCCAAUCACGUCUAGUCUACUGUGACCAACAAAUUAACUCCACAUACCAUCAUCCUUUGCCAUUCACAAAGUGUGAUAUGAAUACAAAACCACGUGAUUUGAAAAGAGAUUGUGAUGUGGCAUUAUGCCCUCCUGAUUGGAUGCCAACGCCAUGGGGUGAGUGUUCAACUUCAUGUGACGAGGGAAUUAAGACAAGAACACUCAAAUGUACUCAAACUAAAAAAGAUGGAAUGAAGAUUGUCGUUAGUGACGAACUUUGUAAAAAUGCUACCAGAUAUCCAACUGAAAUACCGUGUAACCAAGACAACCCAUGUCAUAUUGAGCCACCUCUAGAGAUCCCAAUCGCUUGUUUCCGUGAUAGAGAUCACGUUUUGUGGGACGCAGAGAUACUUGGAGACUUUAAGGACGCGAUAGACUGGGACCACACCUAUGACAUCAUAGACGAGUGCAGACAUCUGGCCUAUGAUCACGACUACACACACUUCGCCUUGGGAAAUAAUGGGAUAUGUUACUCUGGAAUUGACUUCAACACCUACUAUUAUCAUGGUGCAGGAGCGCRCAAAAACAAAUGCAAAAACGGAGUUGGGAAAAGAAACCACUAUUAUGUAUAUCGAUUAGAUCCUCUUCCUGAGUAUCACAGCAUUGGCUGUUUUCAGCGAGGAGCUUUUCCAAGUACAUAUUCAGUUUCUUUCCGAGGUCAAAUCGACUGGCAUGACAUCCACUUUACUGUAGAACAAUGUGCUCAUAUUGUCUAYGACAUGGGCAAGAUAUACUUUGGUCUUCACUACUACGGAGAGUGCUAUUCUGGUCGAGAYGAUCAAGUAGAAGAGAAACUCAUGACUCUUCCAGGGUCGAGGCAUUGCUACAAUCACGCCGUGGGGAAGGCAUUCGCAGAUUAUGUCUAUGCGUUUGAUACACUUGAUGAUGAGACUAUCAUGGAUCGCUGAUCACAAGGACUACAGGCUCAUGUUAUUAUCGAYCAAAUCAGUGGACAUUCAUAAUCUAUUAAUGGUGUUGGGAAUAAAAAAGCAGUUAUCUUCAGUUUAGUUGAAUUAGUUGAUGUGAA